AAUACUUCCACGCAGACUCAGUGCCAACGUCCAGACUGUCUGCGAUGUCAUUGAGAAAGUCGGGACUUCAAAAGGAGGUCUUAGCACUCUAUAGACGUGCAUUACGCAUGGUCCGUACCAAACCAGUUUUGACCCAGCCAAAAUUUCUCCUCUUCGUGCGCUACAACUUUCACACGCAAGCAUCUUCUGUAUCACCUCGCAAUGUUGCAGCUAUAGAGCACCUUAUCCGUCGUGGUAGAAGGCAACUGGAGAUGUACGAGCAGCCCUCUGUCAGAGACUGUCAGAUAUCACGAGCCAUGAGUGAUUGGGAGCAAAGCCGACGCGGAUCAUGGACAACGUCGCAGUAAUAUCAAACAUCACAGGAGAUGGUAGAUUCGGUCGAAGCAAUAUUAUGGGUAACUACGAGUAUGGUACAAGAGUUUGGGAUGCGACUCCCUCGUCGCGUCACACAGUAAUGGGUGUACUCGGCCUCUUGGUCCGUCGUGCCUUCA